AUGCAGGGCAUUCAAUUUAAGGCGGCCUUUGUAGCCUGCCUUGCUAUCUUCUCAGGCGUUACUGAUGCAUUCUGGCGCCUGCCCUGCCGUGGGCGAACUGGCCUUGCACGGCUGGACCCGAUUGUGGACCCAGGAGUGAUCUCGUCGCAUGUGCACUCUAUUCAUGGCGGAGGAAACUUCGGCAUGAGCUCGGAUAGUACGACUCUGCGAGAGUCGAACUGCACUUCCUGUGCCGUAACGCAGGAUUUGUCCGCGUAUUGGACUCCCGCACUGUACUUUAUGCAUACAAAUGGCUCUGCACAAAUUGUCCCAGAGGUUGGAGGCAUGCUAAGUUACUAUCUUCUAUACGGGGAGAAUAUCACUGCCUUCCCAGACAAUUUCCGCAUGCUUGCCGGAGACCCAUUCCAACGAAACUUCACCUGGCCAAUCCCUGACCCACCCAAGUCCUCAUGGACCGGUGCCCAAGUAUCCCAAAAAGCGCUUCGCCAAAAGGCCCUAGGCUUCAACUGCUUAAACUAUAAUACCGCCGCCGAAGGCUCUCUCACCCGCCAUUUCAUGCCGAACAAAACUUACCUCGAUGAGCACUGCACUGACGGCCUGCGCCUGGAACUUAUGUUCCCCUCAUGCUGGAAUGGCAAGGACGUCGAUUCCCCAGACCACAAAUCCCACGUUGCGUAUCCCGAUCUGGUGAUGACGGGAACAUGUCCGGAGGGAUACGAGACGCAACUAGUCUCACUAUUCUACGAGACGAUCUGGAACACAUACGCGUUUAAAGACGUGGACGGAUAUUUCGCGUUGGCGAAUGGUGAUCCGACUGGAUUCGGGUAUCAUGGUGAUUUCAUGUACGGGUGGGAAGAUGGGAUCCUGCAGCAAGCUGUCGAUACCUGCACUAGUGCGACGGGGAUUGUUAAUGAUUGUGAAGUCUUCGAUGUGCAGAGUGAGACCGAUCAGCGCCAGUGCUUUUUUGAGGAACCGGCUCAGCUUCAGGGUGAAAAUACUCAUAUGCAUGCUGAUGGACUGCCUGGAAAUGUUCCUAUUGCGUGGGGUCCGGCAUAUGCUUCGCCUAUGGUGAUGAGUUCUACGGUUGUUCCGACGACUACUCGACCGGGUUAUUUGUCGGAUAUUGUUCCUACAUUGGUUAUCCCGUCUCUAUCACUUGGUUUCGGGUUUGGGGCCAAUGUUAAAGUUGAGUCUGCGGAUACUGCAGCGAAUGAUGCUGCUACUACUGCCUUCACUAGUUCCACCACUAGUUCGACGCCGACUCCGACGCCUACCACUUCGAUUGAGUUUAAUCCAUUUACUGAAGAAGUGAUCUAUCUGCAACAGGAGGUCGUUGUUAUGAUUGAUGAGGAUGGGAUACCUUAUGCCACUAGCACGGGCGCUGCGCGUGUUGUUUCGACGGGCACGACUACAGCUACUGAGACUUCUACCGUUGUUUCAUAUGUCGCAAGAGACAGUAUCCCGGAGGAUUCUGAAGCGAUCGAUUACAACCUGGGACAUGCGCGCAGACAUGUCCACCACCAUGGCCACUUGCACAAGAGAGGAUACUAG